CCUGCAGUGCCCACCGCCGCCAGGAAAGGCCGCACGAAAAAAGAGGCCAGAGAGAACACCAACCGGGACAGUCCCUGCGGCCACGAGAGGAAGAUCGCCGACAAGCUGCAGCGCACCGAGGCCAAGAAAAAGGGCAAAGGAGGCAAAGAGUGA